UGCGUCUCAUACUUGUCCCCCACCUUGGAGAGCACAUGCAAAGCAUCCAGAUCUUGACAACGAGUUGAGUUCUCAUGCUCCGUGGUGCGUUGGCGUCACAUUAAACUCUUUUGGGGCAGAGCUAUGAGCAGCAGGCAGGCACAGAAUGACGACAACAAGUUGGACACGUUUCGGCGUAUUUGUGAUGAAAUAGCUGCUGAAUCAAGUUACCUGCGAAAAGUGGAGCAACUGGAACGCUUUUUUAAAAAGGGCACCAGCGGCAAAGGCUUUCAAGGUGAUACACUGCAAUGGGUGCAGUUCCUUAUACCGGGUGCCACACAGCGCGUUUACAAUUUGCAAAACAAAGCGUUAAUUAAAUUAUUCUCACGCAUCUUGCACGUUGAUCAGCAGCAGAUGCAUCUUGACUUGGAGCAAGAUGGUGACAUUUCGGAAACUUUGCGCAAGCAUUUUGCAGCCUCGAAAAAAUUAAAGGCUCAAACAGAAAGCAAACUGUAUCUUCAUGAGGUAGAAGAGCUGCUGUGCAAGUUGGAACAGCGCACCAAGGAAGAUGAGCAAGCGGAGCUAUUGCGUGAGGUUUGUCAGCAGGCCACUGACUUGGAUUUGCGUACAUUUAUCCGGCUGAUCAAGCAAGAUUUGCGCAUUAACGCACGCGCUAGGCACAUACUUGAUGCAUUUGGUCCACAAGCAUAUGCCGCCUAUCAAUCUUCGCGUGAUCUGGCUGCCAUUGUGCGCAGUUUUUCUGGUAAAACGGAGAAGGCAGUGCUGCCAAGCAGCUCCAAGGCGAAAGCAAAGGGAUUGCCUGGUGGCAUACAGGUGAUGACACCCAUAUCCCCUAUGCUGGCCAACGCGUGCAAGUCUGUGGAUGAUGCUUUUAAAAAGCAUCCCGGCGGUCUUUACAGCGAGGUUAAAUACGACGGAGAGCGUGUGCAGAUUCAUAAGCAGGGCACUGAAUUCAAGUUCUUCAGUCGCAAUCUGAAACCUGUGAUGGAUCACAAAAUCAAAGAUCUUAAAGAUUAUAUACCACGGGCCUUUCCCGAUGCGGGUGACAUGAUUCUGGACUCGGAAAUCAUUCUGGUGGACACGGACACGGGCGCUUUGCUGCCUUUUGGCACGCUGGGAGCGCAUAAGAAACAAACUUAUGCCAAUGCGUCCAUUUGUCUGUUUGUCUUUGAUUGCUUGCUGUAUGCUGGCGAUGAUUUAACCCAACUUACAUUUAGUAAACGUCGUGAGAUAUUGGAGCAGCAUAUAAACCCCAUUAAAUCGCAUGUGCAAUUGUCAGAGUCACAAUUCUUAAAAACCAAGCAUGAGCUGGCUUUGAUGACGGCCAAAGUGCUGCAAGCAAAUCUGGAAGGUGUUGUGCUAAAGAGUCCCGUUGGCACAUAUCAGCCUGGCAAACGCAACUGGCUUAAGGUGAAGAAGGAUUAUCUCUUUGGCGGUAAAAUGGCCGAUACGGCGGACUUGGUUGUGCUGGGUGGCUGGUAUGGCUCUGGAAAAAAGGGUGGCAUACUCAGCAUCUUUCUCAUGGGCUGCUAUGAUACAAGCGAUCAUCUUUGGAAGACGGUGACCAAAGUACACUCGGGCCUCGAUGAUGCCACAAAUGAAGAGAUACAUGAGUCGCUUAUGAAGCUCACAGAGCGUGCUGAUGCCAAUAAAAUACCCAAUUGGCUGCUUUGCAAAAAGGCACUAGUGCCUGAUGUGCUGGCCAAGGUGCCGGAUAGUAUGCCUGUAUGGGAAAUUACUGGCGCUGAGUUUACGCAGUCGGAGGCACACACUGCGGCAGGCAUUUCCAUACGCUUUCCACGUAUAACACGCUUAAGAAGCGAUAAGACAGCCAAGGAAGCCAACGAUCUAGCACAUCUCGAACAACUAUUUGCGGCUUCUAAGCAAAGCGUUAAUGUAGACCUGCUGCUGGCCGAUUGUGAUGAUCAGCAAAAGUUGGAGAAGACACCGCAAAAAAACAAAGGAGCGAGCAGUAGUCAAGCCAGUAGCAGCAAGAAAAGAAGUCUAGACGAUCAAGCCAGCAGCAGCAACAAAAUGAAAAGAAGUCCAGACGAUGAACCCAGCAGCAGCAAGAAAAUUAAAAGUAGUCCAGACGAUCAACCCAGCAGCAGUAAGAAAAAGAACGCAAAGCUGGAAACAAAAGCUCAGCCAAGUCUUAUUGAUUACUUUAAGCCCACAAUGCCAAAUGUUGAACAAAGCGAGGAAGCGAGCACAUCAACGCCAGCAGUGAAAGAGAAAGUAAAAAGCGAUGAGAAUAAAUUAUUUAGCGGACUGACUGCGCAUUUUACCGAUGCUGCUGCUGAGCCAGAGUUAAUACAUGAAUUUGUGCGUCUUGGUGGCACUUUGACAAGGAAUACACAAAAAGCUAAGCUGGCGUUUCAUUAUGAAAUCACUAUGAAUAUAAAACAGCAAAGACAGUCUUAUCGCACCAGUUGUCGCCAUUUGCACAUAAAAUGGUUGCGCACAUCGUUAGAGGCCAAUGCCCUGCAGCCCUAUCCAGUUUACGCCGUGCUUUUAAAGUCUUAACACAGUUAAAAUGCUUUGUGAUAAGCAAUUUCAUGUUGAGCUACAACUAUUGCAAAUUGAAUGUUAAGAAAAUUGUAAAUAGCUUUAAGUAUUGCAUAUACAUACAUAUAUUUAUAUUGUGGGUGCAGCUUGUGACGCCCUUAAGUGUUUAUAUACUUGUAUAUAUUAUCUGUAAGCACUUGCUUCUAUUUGUUUAAAGCAAUUUCAUUAAUUUUACCCGUCGUAUAUCACAAGUAAAGACAAAACGCAAAGCUCCCCGUAAAAGCUCUGCUCGCAUAUGUUAGGUUUGAAUUCGUUUGUGUCGCAUUUAGUUUGUGAUCAGAACGCAUAUUG